CCCCGCCCCUCAGUUGAAGGGACUGACGGCUGUGUCUGCGGUUCCUCUCUUCCCAGGAUGGCUGCUCUGGUUGUAAACAAGCCCGGAGCCGGACUCGACGGUGGUCGACAGGGCAGCCGGGGAACGGCUGUGGUGAAGGUGCUGGAGUGUGGAGUUUGUGAAGAUGUUUUUUCUUUGCAAGGAGACAAAGUUCCUCGCCUUCUGCUUUGUGGCCACACAGUCUGUCAUGACUGUCUCACCCGCCUACCUCUUCAUGGAAGAGCAAUUCGUUGUCCAUUUGAUCGACAAGUAACAGACCUAGGAGAUUCAGGUGUCUGGGGAUUGAAAAAAAAUUUUGCCUUAUUGGAGCUUUUGGAGCGACUGCAGAAUGGACAUAUUGGUCAAUAUGGAGCUGCAGAAGAGACCAUUGGGAUAUCUGGAGAGAGCAUCAUUCGCUGUGAUGAAGAUGAAGCUCAUGUCGCAUCUGUAUAUUGUACUGUGUGUGCAACUCACUUGUGUUCAGAGUGUUCCCAAGUUACUCAUUCUACGAAGACAUUAGCAAAGCACAGGCGUGUGCCUUUAGCUGAUAAACCUCAUGAGAAGACCAUGUGCUCUCAGCACCAGGUGCACGCCAUUGAGUUUGUAUGCUUAGAAGAAGGUUGUCAAACUAGUCCCCUCAUGUGCUGUGUCUGCAAAGAAUAUGGAAAACACCAAGGUCACAAGCAUUCGGUAUUGGAACCAGAAGCUAACCAGAUCCGGGCAUCAAUUUUAGAUAUGGCUCAUUGCAUACGAACUUUCACUGAGGAAAUCUCAGAUUAUUCCAGAAAAUUAGUUGGAAUUGUUCAGCACAUUGAAGGAGGAGAGCAGAUAGUAGAAGAUGGAAUUGGAAUGGCUCACACAGAACAUGUACCAGGUACUGCAGAGAAUGCCCGGUCAUGUGUCCGAGCUUAUUUUUCUGAUCUCCAUGAAACUCUGUGUCGUCAAGAAGAAAUGGCUCUGAGUGUUGUUGAUGCUCAUGUUCGUGAAAAACUAAUUUGGCUCAGGCAACAACAAGAAGAUAUGACUAUUUUGUUGUCCCAGGUUUCAACAGCCUGUCUUCAUUGUGAAAAGACUUUGCAGCAGGAUGAUUGUAGAGUUGUUUUGGCAAAACAGGAAAUUACAAGGUUACUGGAAACAUUGCAGAAACAGCAGCAACAGUUUACAGAGGUUGCAGAUCACAUUCAAUUGGAUGCCAGCAUUCCUGUCACUUUUACAAAGGACAACAGAGUUCACAUUGGACCAAAAAUGGAAAUUCGAGUUGUUACAUUAGGAUUAGAUGGUGCCGGAAAAACCACUAUUUUGUUUAAGUUAAAACAGGAUGAGUUCAUGCAGCCUAUUCCAACAAUUGGCUUUAAUGUGGAAACUGUAGACUAUAAAAAUCUAAAAUUCACUAUUUGGGAUGUAGGUGGAAAACACAAAUUAAGACCAUUGUGGAAACAUUAUUACCUGAAUACUCAAGCUGUUGUAUUUGUUGUUGAUAGCAGUCAUAGAGACAGAAUUAGUGAAGCACACAGUGAACUUGCCAAGUUGUUAACAGAAAAAGAACUCCGAGAUGCUUUGCUCCUCAUUUUUGCCAACAAACAGGAUGUUGCUGGUGCACAGUCAGUAGAAGAAAUCACUGAACUUCUCAGUCUUCAUAAACUAUGCUGUGGCCGUAGCUGGUAUAUUCAGGGCUGUGAUGCUCGAAGUGGUAUGGGGCUAUAUGAAGGGCUGGACUGGCUCUCUAGGCAACUUGUGGCUGCUGGAGUGUUGGAUGUUGCUUGAUUUAAAAUGCAGCAAUUGUUUAAAAUUUUGUUAAGAGUUAUUUUGUGCAUACUGUGUUGUAAGAAGUUCUAUAUCUCAAAGGUGACAGUUAAUUUAGGAUGUAUAUAUAAAAGGAGUCUAAGAUUAUUGCUUUAAAAAUUACUCUGUGGCAAAAUUUAAAUAUUUGAGCAGAUUAGACGGGAUUAAGUAGACUUCUUGAAUAUAUUCUUUUAAAAAGUACAUUUGUUAUUUAAGUUUUUUGGAUUACAUUGACCCAUAUAUUGGGAAAAAAGGAGUCACAGAGAAAAGGGCAAGUGAAGGUUUAUUCUUUCAGUGAAAAAAGAAGAGCCAACUGAAUGCCUAAUGGAAUCCCUGUGUGAAGCAAGGAAAAUAGAGCUUCUGCUUUAACCUGCCUUUUCACUGAAUUUUGGCAGUGUUUAGUAACAGAAAUGCAGUUGCUUAAUGAAAUGGAAUUCAAACUGCAUCUUUGGGCAAUAGGAUUAUUUUACUUUUAUUUUCGGUACAAUAGGGCAUCUUUAAUGCUGAAAACUAUAAGCUAAAGAAAAUUAGUAUUUUAUACAGUGUUUUAUUAAAACUUUCUCUUAAAGCAUUUUGUAUAAAAUACAGUGAGACAGAAUGAAACAUUAUCUAACUGGCUUGAUUGUUAACAUUAGUACUAAACUGAGGAACAAAUAAUAAUAUAAAUGUGAAAAUCAUUUGAUCUCCUUAUAAAAGACUUACUUCUAGGACUGAACCUAGGCUCAAAUAUUAUUUUCUAGGUUAGAGCUCUAAAUUGGUCCUACUUGUUUCAACUUACUUAAAGUAUUUAAUAGUGAUUCUUUCUAAAAUAGUAUUGUGUCUAUU